AAGCCAGGUCCUGCAAGAAAGUUUCUCUGCUGCUUUCUGUCUCGCUCGAUAACAACAGAAUUACCAGAAGAAGAGAAGCUUUAUUUAGCUUAUGCACAUAUUUAUCAUGGAAAGCAGCAUUCAAAAUCUUGAUAAAUUGCUAAAUCUUUCUGAAAAUGGAUCUCACCCAGCCUCCUGGAGAAAAUUAUGCCAAUCCAAGGACAUGCUUCUUUCAUGUUCUCUUCAAGGCUGCAGCUUUGGCAUUUUACAUACUUUCUGCACUGUUUAUUGAUAAUUUUGUUAUCAUAUUUGUGGUGACUGUUCUUCUUGCUGCUCUUGAUUUUUGGGUGGUCAAGAAUGUGAGUGGUCGUAUUUUAGUUGGUCUUAGGUGGUGGAAUGAAAUAAAUGAUCUUGGCGAGAGCGUGUGGAAAUUUGAAUCCCUCGAACAAGAGUCAUUGGCCCGGCUGAACAAGAAGGAUUCGUGGUUAUUCUGGUGGACUCUUUACUUAACGGCCGUUGCAUGGGUUGUGCUUGGAAUUUUUUCUCUCAUAAGGUUUCAAGCAGACUACUGCCUCAUUAUUGGAGUUUGCUUGACUCUUAGUGUAGCAAACAUCAUCGGCUUCACUAAAUGUCGCAAAGAUGCCAAGAAGCAGAUUCAGAAGUUUGCAUCCCAGACUAUAGCAAAUCGAGUCUCAUCUACUAUUCAGUCGGCUUUCAGUGUCGUGUGAAUUCAUUAUGGGAAAUGGGCAUAGGAUGGAAGAUCUGCAGGUUUUUGUGAGAGAGUUGCAAAGUGGUGGGGCACUGUACAAAUUGGCUUAUUCUUUAAACUGAUGUAUGAUAAAUAAUGGAUGUUUUUGUUCAUGAGGAAUAGUUAUUGCAGGAAUGCUUUAACAUUUAUCAUUUAAAAUCUCAUAAA